UGACUCUUAAAACGAAGGAUUUUCUUUCAUCGACUUAGGUCAAGUUUUACAGAGUUACUCUAGGACCCUGUCGAAAACAUAGUCUACCAUAAAACGUGAACACUCCAUUCAAUUCCCUUUAUUGUCAGCCAUUCCUUUCAUAUUUUGUGAAGUUUGACCUUCACUCGAGGAAAUCGCUAAAUUCCAGACAUCGUCACUCGAGAUUGCUUCACUUUCGCAAUGGAAGACUGCAGUUAUUACUGUAUUUUAGGUGUAAUCAUUUUUAUAACAUUUUUAUAUUUGAAACUGGCAAAAGCAACAUUCAAUUUCGAAAAAUGUGUUUUCAUUAGCGGUUGCGAUAGUGGACUAGGACAUAAAAUGGCAAUUUAUCUUCACAGUUUGGGCUGCACGGUGUUUGCUGGUUGUCUCUUUCCCGAUGGAAAUGGAGCUAAUCUGUUGAAACAACAAAAAUCGGAGAGACUAAAAAUAGUUCCUUUAGAUAUUACAAAUGAAGAAAGUGUCAAAAACGCUCUAGAAUGUGUCAAGAACGAAUGGAAUCAAAAAAGUCUAGUUUUAAUAAACAAUGCUGGAGUUUGCAUUUAUGGCGAAUUUGAUUGGUUAUCUUGGAGGCAGUGCUGCUAUCAGUUGGAUAUUAAUCUUUAUGGUACAAUUCGAAUGACCAAAAUGUUUCUUCCUCUUAUUCGGAAACAUAAAGGUCGAAUUAUUAACAUUACGAGUAUAAAUGGAAAAAUCGCAUAUCCAGGUAUUUCAGUUUAUUGCGCUACAAAAUAUGCCCUGGAAGGAUUUUCUGAUGUUUUGCGUUAUGAAUUGGAUAAAUUUGGUGUCAAGGUAAUAGUGAUCGAACCAGGAGAUUUCGCUCGAGUGACUAAUAUCAUGGCAAAUCAUUCACAACAUUCCGAAGAAAUGUGGGAGAAAAUGGAUGAUGAAAGUAAGAAACUAUAUCAAGGAUACUUUCAGAAAUAUCACGAUAUCACUUUGAAAAAUUUUGGAAUUGGUAGUCCUAAAAAUAUCGAGUCCUCUUCUAUGUUAGAAACAAUAAAAGAAGCUGUGUUUGGAGAUUCUCCCUCUCCUCGAUAUGUUGUAUCUUCUGCAACUUCAAAGUUUAUUUAUAAACUCUUACAAAUACUCCCAACAACCUGGAAUGAUGCACUUUUUCGACUCAUAAUGAAUAAAGCAUUACAUUUACAAGUCGAAAGUAAUUGAUCUUUGGCAUCAAAUUCAGGCAUUUCAGAAAUAAUUAUUCGUUUUAUAACCUCGAUAUGAUUUGAUUAAUUUUUUCCUCGACAAGAAAGUUUGAAAAGAAAAGUUAUCGAAACUUUUGGAUGCUGUUUUGUUUUGUAUGAUAUACCAGAAGACAAAUUAGAUAUUUUCUUUUUCCCCGUAUUUCUUAUACUUCCAGAAAUUUUUUAAUAAUAAUUUGAUUCAUACAUAUUUAUGAAGAAGACUGAUCUUAGUUGAAAGAUUGCAAUUCAUAAUUUUAUUCAUUCGUUCUAUUGCUGAUUUUCAACGUCUUUGUCUUGGUUAAUGGUUCUACAGUAAUGUUUUUCUUUACACAAUAUUUCAGCA